CCUUAGUCAGGACCGGGGUUCAAUAUAACAUCCGGGCCGAAUAAGAUAUAUACGGAUUUAAGAACAAAAAGUCCAGCAUGCCGUAACUAAUAAUGAUAUGUUUCACGGUAGAGGAUAUAUAAAAGUCGGUUAACGCGUAAUAUAUGUAAGAGAUGUCUAGACCAAUACCGGUUGUAAUAGCUGCGCUCUUCCUUUCCAGUAGCACAACUUACAAGAAAGCUCCUUUAUCGAUUUUCCAUCAACCACCAUAACUCGGCAUAAUUCGACAGUUUACAUCAUGAGUCCAGGAAAAGCAGCGCCCACUCGUGUCAACGGCCAGGUCGUAGGCCCUGUUGGAUUCGGCAUGUUGGGUAAGUAGCCUACUGUAUAAGGCAUAUGCAUUAACAUAGGAUAAUACUAAUUCGACACCAUAUACUAGGGUUAACGAAGCCGUGGGCCCCUGUCGAGUAUCCCAUUGCUGCGAAAGUCUUGAAGACGGCAUUAGAGCAAGGUGCGAAUCUUUGGAAUGGUGGCGUGCACUACGGAACUCCCGAAGCAAAUUCUCUGCAUCUAGUCAAGUACUACUUCGAACAGUAUCCCGAAGAUGCUAGCAAGGUCGUUCUCAGCAUCAAAGGUGCAUUUGGGAUGAAGACCGGACCAGACGGUAGCCCGGAAGGUAUCCGCGCUUCUGUCGAGGAGGCCCUCAAAGUGCUAGGUGGUACCAAAACCAUUGACGUCUUUGAAUGCGCGCGGGUUGACCCUAAGGUCCCCGUUGAGACCUCUAUCAAAGCAUUGGGCGAGCUCGUAAAGGAGGGUAAGAUUGGCGGUAUCGGCCUGAGCGAAGUUGGCGCAAACACAAUCCGCAAAGCUCACGCGGUGCAUCCUAUCUCGGCCGCCGAGAUCGAGUUUAGCUUAUUCACGCCCGAUCCCCUUCAUAACGGUGUUGCGGAUACUUGCCACGAACUCGGCAUCCCUAUCGUAGCAUACAGCCCCAUCAGCCGCGGGUGGCUAAGCGGCGAGCUGCGUAGCUUAGACGACCUCCCGCAGAACGACUUCCGCCGCAUGCUCCCACGCUUCCAGCCCGAGGUCUUCGAUCAGAACUUCAAGCUCGUCGAGGCAGUGGAGCAGAUCGCCAAGCGUAAGGGUGCUACGUAUUAGGGUAUAAGUAAAGUUAAUAUGAAUUAGGUAUAGAUUUAUAUAGGAUAAAUAUAUAAGGAAGCGUUUUGCGCUUUUGUAAAAA